AUGCCUGACCAUGACAGCACAGCCCUCUUAAGCCGGCAGACCAAGAGGAGAAGAGUUGACAUUGGAGUGAAAAGGACGGUAGGGACAGCAUCUGCAUUUUUUGCUAAGGCAAGAGCCACGUUUUUUAGUGCCAUGAAUCCCCAAGGUUCCGAGCAGGAUGUUGAGUAUUCGGUGGUGCAGCAUGCAGAUGGGGAGAAGUCAAAUGUGCUCCGCAAGCUGCUGAAGAGGGCGAACUCGUAUGAAGAUGCCAUGAUGCCUUUUCCAGGAGCAACCAUAAUUUCCCAGCUGUUGAAAAAUAACAUGAACAAAAAUGGUGGCACGGAGCCCAGUUUCCAAGCCAGCGGUCUCUCCAGCACGGGCUCCGAAGUACAUCAGGAGGAUAUAUGCAGCAACUCUUCAAGAGACAGCCCCCCAGAGUGUCUUUCCCCCUUUGGCAGGCCUACUAUGAGCCAGUUUGAUAUGGAUCGCUUGUGUGACGAGCACCUGAGAGCAAAGCGCGCCCGGGUGGAGAAUAUCAUCCGGGGGAUGAGCCAUUCCCCCAGCGUGGCGUUAAGGGGCAAUGAAAAUGAAAGAGAGAUGGCCCCGCAGUCUGUGAGUCCCCGGGAAAGUUACCGGGAAAACAAACGCAAGCAAAAGCUGCCCCAGCAGCAGCAGCAGAGUUUCCAGCAGCUGGUUUCAGCCCGAAAGGAACAGAAGCGAGAGGAGCGCCGACAGCUGAAACAGCAGCUGGAGGACAUGCAGAAACAGCUGCGCCAGCUGCAGGAAAAGUUCUACCAAAUCUAUGACAGCACUGAUUCUGAAAAUGAUGAAGAUGGUAACCUGUCUGAAGACAGCAUGCGCUCGGAGAUGCUGGAUGCCCGGGCCCAGGACUCCGUAGGGAGGUCAGAUAACGAGAUGUGCGAGCUAGACCCGGGACAGUUCAUUGACCGAGCCCGGGCCCUGAUCAGGGAGCAGGAGAUGGCUGAGAACAAGCCCAAGCGAGAAGGCAGCAACAAAGAGAGAGACCACGGGCCAAACUCCUUACAACCGGAAGGCAAACAUUUGGCCGAGACCUUGAAACAGGAGCUGAACUCUGCCAUGUCGCAAGUGGUGGACACGGUGGUCAAAGUCUUUUCGGCCAAGCCCUCCCGCCAGGUUCCUCAGGUCUUCCCCCCUCUCCAGAUCCCCCAGGCCCGGUUCGCAGUCAAUGGGGAAAACCACAAUUUCCACACCGCCAACCAGCGCCUGCAGUGCUUUGGCGACGUCAUCAUUCCGAACCCCCUGGACACUUUCGGCAACGUGCAAAUGCCCAGCUCCACAGACCAGACGGAAGCACUGCCCCUGGUGGUCCGCAAGAACUCCUCUGACCAGUCUGCCUCCGGCCCCCCCGCCGGCGGCCACCACCAGCCCCUGCACCAGUCACCUCUCUCUGCCACGGCGGGCUUCACCACCUCCACCUUCCGCCACCCUUUCCCCCUACCCUUGAUGGCCUACCCGUUUCAGGGUCCAUUAGGUGCUCCCUCUGGCUCCUUCUCGGGGAAAGACAGAGUGUCUCCCGAGUCCUUGGACUUAACCAGGGAGACGACGAGUCUGAGGACCAAGAUGUCAUCCCACCACCUGAGCCACCACCCUUGUUCACCAGCACACCCACCCAGCACCGCGGAGGGACUCUCCUUGUCCCUCAUCAAGUCUGAGUGUGGCGACCUGCAAGACAUGUCUGAGAUCUCACCUUAUUCAGGAAGUGCAAUAUCCUUUUAUUUUCCCCUCAAGGAAAACCAAACAAAAUAA